AUUCGGUGACUCUGCCCCUCCUGGUGAUCAGAGGAGGACCGAACAAAACGCAGCGGGAGCUGGCUGGAGGAACACCCUCGGGGAGACCUUCCGCUCCUUCCCUAGCCCUCCGAGAUGGGAUCCUGGCUGCUGGGGGCUUGGCCCGCCACUUUGGCCCUCCUGGUUUUCAUCGAUGUGGGGCAUGGAGCAGAGCUCAGGGACGCCGCUUGGGAGGCAGAGGGUGACCCCCGCAAGGGAGAGGUGGCAAAUCUCCGGUUGUCCAGGACCACCCAGCGAAGCAAACCCACCUUCUACCGGACCGGCAGCCUUUCUGCCCUCAGCAGAGGCCUGAUGACCAACCUGAGCGUUGUGGAAGAAGUCCCAGAAGAAGUCGAGGACGCCCAGCGUCGUGAGAGGCAGGCCAGCCUCAUCAGGGAUCCCUGUUGGGGGUGCUGUGUGACUCGGUUUCCCAACCACACAGGGAGCAGAGAGCCCGCCAGAGGGGAUGCGGGGCGACCGGGCACCACCCCUCCACCCAAGCCACCAAAGAGGAACACGACCAAAGGGUACCACCGUCCUGGCGCGUACACCCCCAUGGGGAAACUGCGGCCGGAAGGCAGGCAGGCCGGAUCCUCUCCUGAGAUAAAAGGGUCGGGCCGCCAAGAAGCCAACGCCACUGAGCGCUGCCGAGGCUGCUGUGGGGCAAACGGUCCAGCAGACGGUCGGCCCCUGGGAAGAGGGGAGGAAGGGAGAGGGUCCCAAACCUCGCAGGGUCACUCCGGCGAGAGGCCGCAGAGGCCUGUCUCGGACCGGGAGGUCCCGGCCGACCGGCCUGCCCAGAAGGGAGAAAACGGCUGGUCCUCCUUCUCCAGAGGCGUCCAUGAGCCCCAAAGGCAACCACACCGAGGAGGGCCGUGAAUGGCGAAGGGCAACCGGGAAAGAGGCCACGAACCGAAAGAAGAUCCUUGGCAGGAACGGGAGAUGAAGGCAGAGAGAGUCUUCACCUGCACAGACCCUGCCUCCCCAUGGACUCCCGUUCUCGUCACUCUCUCUCUCUCUCUCUCUCUCUCUCUCUCUCCCCCCCCCCCACAGAAUCAAGAAACAGCA